GUUGUCUGAGAGAAAGCAAUCAAUAGUAUAGAAAACCCAGAUAUAGUAGCAUCAAUCAAACACAUUCUCAUGCUAAACGAUUGAUAAGAUGUCGGAACACAAGUACCAUUUUAAGAAGGAUGCCACUUUCUACGAGGAAAGUGAAUCGCACCAAGAUCUAUUGACUCGCACCUAUGGCUUUCUGAAGGCGGUCAAAAUGGACACUCCCAUACCGAAGAAGCGUGCAUCCAUGAAUACGCACACCCUUAUGGAGCGAUUGCACACCAUCAAGGACCAGCUCAUUCAAGACCAAGAAAAGACCGUGUCGGAAAAUUGGUCAACUGCAACUUCCUCGGAGGACUCACACCGAGUGGGAAAGUCGGAAUUUGAACUGAAGCGCAAGCUCUUCGAUACAGCCGAAUUUACCAUAACUCGAGGCAUCAAGCUUAGUGAAAUAUUUUGCCCCAAAGAAUCUGGCCUACAUCUGCCACUUACUGUCAAGGAACCCGCGGCUUUGGCCUCUUUUGAGGAAAUGAAGACCUUCUGUCGCCGAAUGAACAUCCAUUUGGAGAGAUGAAUCGAUGCGGGGAUUGCUGAAUUUAAAUAUAUAUUUUACUACGCUUACAAAUAAAAUCUUUCAUACUCGCAUUUUCAA